ACGUGCCAAUAUAUAUUGAAAGAAAAAAACAUUGAAGGUUGACAACAAGGGGAGAAACAUAACAGUCUCAGGCAGCAAUUCGCAUCGGCCGUGAUCCGCGGACGCAGCGUCAUGGACGAUCACGAGCUGCAGACGCAGACGCAGAAGCAGCAAUCGCAAACGCUGCAACUGCCUUUGGCAGCAGCUGGGAGGAGGGACAUGGCCAGAAUCGCGAUUCUCCUGGCCGCCGCCGCCGUGCUGUGCCUGAUGUCUUCUUACCAUUCCUCGCUUCCUUUCCAGUCGCUGCAGGUUUUAAACUUCUCCGCGAUUGGACCGCCGGAUACCCAUGAAGGUAGAGAACUGGAGAGAAUUCUCCGUGAUGCGUCGACGGAAAACAAGACGGUGAUAAUAACGACGUUAAACAAGGCUUGGGCCGAGCCCAAUUCGAUGUUCGACCUAUUUCUCGAGAGCUUCCGUGUGGGGCAAGGCACCCAUCACCUUCUCCGCCACGUCGUGGUCGUCUGUCUCGACGCGACGGCGUUUUCACGGUGCUCGGAGGUCCACGAUCGCCGCCGCUGCUACUUCCUCAGAACCACCGGAACCGAUUUUUCCGGCGAGAAACUGUUCAUGUCUCAGGAUUAUCUCCGGAUGAUGUGGAGGAGGAUCGAUUUCUUGGCCUCCGUUCUUCAGCUCGGAUAUAACUUCCUCUUCACGGACGCGGAUAUCGUGUGGCUAAGAGAUCCAUUCACUCGUCUAGACGCAAACGCAGAUUUCCAGAUCGCUAGCGAUUUCUUUAACGGCGAUUCCAACAGCGUCAGAAACGCCGUGAACGGAGGAUUCACGUUUGUCAGGGCGAACAACCGAACUAUCGAGUUCUACAAGUUCUGGUACUCGUCGAGGCAGAUGUUUCCGGGCAAACACGAUCAGGACGUCUUCAACAAGAUCAAACUCGGUCCCUACAUCGAGAAAAUCGGGAUCAAGAUGAGGUUUCUCGACACGGUUUACUUCGGAGGGUUCUGUCAACCGAGCCGAGACAUGAACAGAGUCUGCACAAUGCAUGCCAAUUGUUGUAUCGGGCAAGCGAACAAGGUCAAGGAUUUAAGACAAGUGCUCGAGGAUUGGAGGGUUUACCUGUCGGGGCAUCGCCGGGAAAUGAGGUGGCGAUCGCCGGAGAAUUGCCGAAGAAGUAUGAAGAAAUGAACAAAAAGUUAAAAUCAUUUCAUAUAUACCUUCAGUGGUAAUAAGGCUAUAUUUAUAUAUAUUACAUCAACAUCAACAUCAACAUCGCCUUAGUCCUAAGUUUAUUUAAGGUUGACCGCAUGGAUUCUUCGUU